AGAUCCCAGAAGAUUUCCUACCUCUGUCUUAAUGAAGCUAUUUGACGAUUUCAUUUGACGAUAUUACUCGACGCCUGCGCAGAUACCGCGCUCGUGCCGUUCAAUCCCGUUCUGAUUCUCUCGAUUUUACCUACACUAUUGACAGGCUACCAUUAGAAGUCGGACAUUGCUGAAGCCAGUCUAUAUCCAAGUUUAUUCAUCAUAACCGACGCGAACGCGCGCGCCCGCUUGACUUCUUCUCAUUACACCGCAAAGAUGGAGUCCUCUCGCGGCCCUCCGAGGGUCAAGAACAAGGCCGCUGCGCCUAUACAGAUUUCAGCGGAGCAACUUCUCAGAGAGGCAGUCGACCGCCAGGAAACCGGCAUCCAAGCUCCAACGCAGCGUUUCGCCGAUCUCGAAGAGCUUCACGAAUUCCAGGGCCGCAAGCGCAAGGAGUUUGAGGACUAUGUCAGACGCAACAGGAUUAAUAUGAACAACUGGAUGCGCUAUGCCGCAUGGGAGCUCGAGCAGAAGGAAUUCAAGCGCGCGCGUUCCAUCUUCGAGAGAGCCUUGGACGUCGACGCCACAUCCGUUGUGCUAUGGAUCCGGUAUAUUGAAGCCGAGAUGAAGAACAGGAACAUAAAUCAUGCGAGGAAUCUGCUCGAUCGUGCCGUUACUGUCUUGCCCAGAGUCGACAAGCUAUGGUACAAGUACGUAUACAUGGAAGAAAUGCUUGGAAAUAUCCCGGGCACGCGACAGGUCUUCGAGAGAUGGAUGGAGUGGGAGCCCGAUGAGGCCGCGUGGAGUGCUUACAUCAAGCUCGAGAAACGCUAUGGCGAGUAUGAACGUGCCCGUGCCAUAUUCGAGCGCUUUACCAUCGUCCGCCCCGAGCCGCGCAACUGGAUCAAAUGGGCCAAAUUUGAAGACGAGUUUGGAACAAGCGAUAUGGUUCGCGAGGUAUAUGGCGCUGCUGUCGAGGCUCUUGGCGACGAGUUUGUGGAUGAGAGACUUUUCAUCGCCUACGCUCGGUUCGAAGCCAAGUUAAAGGAGUACGAGCGUGCGAGGGCCAUCUACAAAUACGCUCUCGACCGCCUACCACGGUCCAAGUCUAUGGGACUACAUAAGGCCUAUACUACUUUUGAGAAGCAAUAUGGCGACAGAGACGGUGUCGAAGACGUCGUGUUAUCUAAGAGAAGGCGCAUCUAUGAGGACCAAAUCAAAGAGAACCCGAAGAACUACGAUAUAUGGUUUGACUACGCCCGACUCGAAGAAACAUCAGGCGAUCUAGACCGCGUGAGAGAUGUGUAUGAGCGAGCGGUGGCACAGAUCCCCCCGACCCAGGAGAAGCGGCAUUGGCGCCGAUACAUCUACCUUUGGAUAUUCUAUGCAAUAUGGGAGGAAAUGGAAGCUAAGGAUAUCGCUCGGGCGCGCCAAAUCUAUAAGCUUUGCCUGGACCUGGUACCUCAUAAGAAAUUCACGUUUGCCAAAAUAUGGUUGCUUAAGGCACAGUUUGAAAUUCGUCAGGGCGAACUAACGACCGCAAGGAAGGCACUCGGUCAGGCCAUCGGCAUGUGUCCUAAAGACAAGCUUUUCAAAGGCUACGUCGAGCUAGAGCUCAAGCUAUUCGAGUUCGUGAGGUGCAGGACGUUAUACGAAAAGCACAUAGAGUGGAACCCGGCCAACUGUCAGACGUGGAUCAAAUUCGCCGAACUUGAGAGAGGUUUAGAUGAUCUAGAGAGAACGAGGGCCAUCUUCGAACUAGCCAUUGCUCAGCCCGUCCUAGACAUGCCCGAGCUGCUGUGGAAGGCCUACAUCGACUUCGAAGAAGAAGAGGGCGAGUACGAUAAGACACGCGACCUAUACGAGCGGCUGCUCGAGAAGACCGACCAUGUCAAGGUCUGGAUCAGCUACGCGCACUUUGAAAUCAACAUCCCCGAGGACGACGAGGAAGAGGGCGCAGAGGAGCAGCCCGUCAGCGAGGAGGCCAAGGUACGUGCUCGCAAGGUAUUCGACCGUGCGUACAAGAGCAUGAAAGAGAAGGAACUCAAGGAGGAGCGGGUAUCUCUCCUCAACGCCUGGUUGUCGUUCGAGCGUACACAUGGCUCCGAGGAGGACGUGGACAAGGUGCAGAAGCAGAUGCCACACAAGGUCAAGCGCAGGCGCAGGCUCGAAGACGAUUCUUUCGAGGAGUACAUCGAUUAUGUCUUCCCUGCCGACGACGAGCAGAAGCAGGAUCUCUCCAAGAUGCUUGCUAUGGCCUCAGCUUGGAAGCAAGGCGGUGGCACGGUUUAGCUGGCAAAGAGGUAGAGCAAUUGGCCUUUUGUAAUAUUCACGCGAGUAUUGAGACAGCACGUUUACUGUAUGUGGAAGUGAGAGAGUGAACCCUAUAUAUUAUUAGGGAGUAUUGGGAACAAAAACUAUUUGUGAGACUCCUGAUGCCUCACGGAAUUGGUUUUAUAGAAUAAUAGCAUCAGGUCCUAGGGCGAGUUUCAGGUGAAGAAGAAUAUCUUUACCACCCCGCGAUGAUGGUAUCGAUACCUAAACUAGUAAUAGUCGCGCGACUUGAAGAGUUUAGCACAACAGAUCA